AUGUCAUCUGAACAUGGUUUACAUGUUAUGUUAAGUUAUCAUUGGGAUAAUAAAGAAUUAGUUUCAAAAAUUUAUAAAGUACUUAAAUCAAAAAAUAUACCCGUAUGGAUGGAUAUUCAUGGUGGAAUUAGUUUUAAUCUUUUUCAAAGUAUGGCAGAUGGAAUUGAAAAUGCUGCUGUUGUUUGUUGUUUUAUGACACCAAAAUAUCAGACUUCACGUAAUUGUGAAAAAGAAUUAUUAUAUGCUGACAAACGACGUGUUCCAAUAAUUCCAUGUCGUUUAAUACGUGAUUGGGAACCAUCAACAUGGCUUGGAUUAGUCAUUGCUGGACUUGUAUGGAUUGAUUUUCGUGAUACAACUGAUGUGAAUAUUGAUUUAAAAAUUGAUAAAUUAAUAGAACAAAUUCAAAUUGUUGCAGGAAAAAAACUUAAUUGUUUUCGAACAGAAACUCCUUGUACUUUUCAAACUCGUCCAAUUAAUUCUUCAAAUAAUCUUUAUCCUAUUCUUCCACAAACGAAUGAUGUAUCGAAUCAAAAUAGAUCUGAUUCAAAUAAUUUUAUACGUUCUCCAGUGAAACAAUCAACUUCUACGAUAUCUCAUCAACAUCAAAAUGUCUAUAAUACAAAUAUAAUACCACCACCACCACCACCACCACCACCAGUACCUCCACGUCCAAAUAAAGAUUUAAUUCGAGAACGAUUAUUAUCUAUUGAUACAAAGAAAAAUUUUAAUGAAAUUGACUCUAUUGAAGAAAAAAAAGAGAAUAGUAUACCCUUGAAUAAUGAAAAACCAGAUAUAUGUGAAAUUUCAUAUCAACAUACACGUUUGAUUCCUGAUGUUCUUGAUUUAUCACCAUCUAUAAUUACUAAUGAAAAAAAACGUAAUGGUAUUAUUAUUGAUUAUUCAAAAUUUCGUCGUCUACCUCGUAUUAUUGGUGAUGAUAAUGAUAAAAUUUCAUUUUGUUGUCCAUCAGGUAUUGCAGUAUCAAAAACAGGUCUUAUCUAUGUUGCCGAUCAACAAAAUCAAUGUGUUAAAAUAAUUUCAUUGUUAGGAAGUGAAAAACAAAUUUUAUCACGUCCAUUUAAUCGACCAAAAGGUGUACAUAUUGAUGAAUAUGGUCGUAUACUUGUAACAGAACAUAAUCGUUUACUUAUACUUGAUAAUGAACUUAAUUUACUUAAAUCUAUUGGAGAUCAUGGUUCAAAACCAGGUGAAUUUAAUGUACCAUGGGGAAUUACGACAGAUUCAUUAUCAAAUAUGUAUAUAUGUGAUCAAAUGAAUAAUCGAAUACAAAAAUUUGAUACUGAUGGUCGUUUUUUACUAGAAUGGGGUUAUGAAGGUGAAAAUCCAGGUCAAUUUUAUUAUCCACAUUUUAUUUCUGUGUCAGGCAAUCGUGUUGCUGUAUCUGAUCAAUUGAAUCAUCGUAUUCAAGUAUUUGAUUGUUUUGGAAAUUAUCAUUAUAAAUUAGGUGAAGUUGGUAAUGAACCAGGUCAAUUUAGUUGUCCAUUUGGAGUAUGUAUCGAUGCAAAUGGUCAUUUAAUUGUUGCUGAUCAUGAUAAUAAUCGUGUACAAUUCUUUGAUGCAAAUGGUGAUAUUAAACUUAUAUUAGAUCAGGAAGUAAAUCCUUUAUUUAAUUUUCAAGGUGUUCAUGGUUUAGCAUUGACUCAUGAUGGUGGACUUCUUAUUACUGAUUAUAAACGAAAUGGAAAACAUCGUUUAUUUAUUUUUGCUUAA